GCCAUAUUGAUAUUGGCCAACUUUGGGUUUACGUAAAAUUCAGCUAUUUUUCCAACUCCUUGGUGUAGAUUUAAUUUGAUUUGGAAUAUUGUUUAUCUCCAGUAAAGAAUGACACGUUUUACUAGAAAAAAAUAAAUGGUGUUUUUUGAAUAAAGUCAAACCAGGAGAAAUUAGAGAAGUUUAUUUUGGUCAUGCCACCCCCACCCCCUCCUCCUGCGCCUCCAGCUCCUUCAGGCUUACCAAAGGCACCAAAAGUGAAAUCAGGUGGUGGGGGCACAGAUCGAUCAGCUUUAUUAAGUUCCAUACAGACUGGAGCUAGGCUAAAAAAGACUGUGACAAAUGAUAGAAGUGCACCAGUAGUAGGAGGAAGUAAACCUGCCGGCAACAAAUUCCACACUGUUGCCAGUCCUGCAAGAAGACCUCCAAGUAGAGACCUACCUAAUGCCUGGCGUCGAACACAAGAUGACGGAAACACUAAUCGUGGAAAUGCCCCAUCCCCGGGCAGCGGAGGAGGAGGAGGAGGAGGAGGUGGUGGUGGUGGUGGUGGUGGGCCAGCAGGAUUAGGAGGAUUAUUUGCAGGAGGUAUUCCAAGAUUACCAAAUAAAGGGGGAAACACAGGCGGUCCUCCUAAAAGAUUUGGUGGUCAUACAGCAUUACGUCCUCCAGGUGUCAGUAAUGGUCCUACACAUCACCAAAAUGGUGGACGCAUGGUAAAUGGUGGAUCAACUGGUCCACCCCCACCACCAUCACAAUCUAGUAAACCUUCCCGACCCUCCUCAGGACUGGGAAGAAGGGAGAGUGUAGAAAAUGACAGAAACUUAGCCAAGUCUAAUACCAGCGUAGCCAACAUAACCAAGUCACUUACCAAUUUACAUGCGGCAAAGAGUAAUACCAACAACCAAAAUUAUGCAGGGGGCGCCACUAGGACUCAACCCCCACCGCCUCCUAGUAGACCCGCACCAGCCACAGGUCGUCCAUCUAGUAUGGUUGGUCGACCACUACCCCCAACACCACAGACCGCUAAUGGUCCAGCAGCUAGUGGUCCUCCAAGAGGGGCACCUCCCCCUCCCCCAAGACAGGCACCAUCAGGUCCUCCCCCAGGAAGACCAUCUGCACCACCACCUCCAGUUAGAACAACAUCGACCCAGGGUGGAGGGAACACUAAUACAUGGCGGUCUGUCGUCCCUGCAGUCAGACCUCCUCUUCCACCACGACAAGAUCCCCCUCCACCUCCCCCUCCUCACAGUGGUCGACCACCACCACCACCUGUAACACCAGUUCCUCCUUCAGCCAAUAGAAGUAGAGCAUCUCUAGGAUCUAAUAUAUAUGGUGCCGAUAGUUUUGAACAAAGAUUUAAAUUUCAUAGUUCAAAUGAAUUUCCUCCUCCAGAAAAACUAAACAUUGGUUUAAAAACGUUUCCUAGUGAGAGCACACGAAGGCCUUCCAAUCAACAGCGACGAGCUCCUCCACCCCCACCACCACGAUAAUAAACGUGUUGAUCUUUAACCUUUAGUCUUAUUAGCACAAACUGUGUGACGUCAAAAAAUACUUUGUUACUGUGUUUAUAUAGAAAACUUGAUGAGUGCAAUCAGUGAUUUUAUAUCUUCUUCGAGCUUGUCAUUAUUAUAGAAGGGUUGAAGAUAGAAGUGUCGAGGAUAGCUCAAGAACGAUUUGUUCAAAACCCCAGGAUAUUAAUACAAUGUGACUGAAACUCGCUAAAUACGAAGACUGAUAUAUAUUUUUAGAUUCUGUUAAAAGAUCUACAAUGUCGUUGAUACCGAGAAAGAAUUGUUAUUGAUACAGAUUAUAUUUUUAACAUAUUAGGAUUCGGUGUAAUAUGGCUUCCGUUUUAUUUGAGCAAUUCUGCUCUUUAGCUAUUAAGCAAUUGUUGAUAGUCUUAAAAACAGUAUGACUAUAAAUGUAUAGCUCAUUUUUAUAUGCCCACAUUUAAUGUGGAUGUCUGUUGUUGUCACCUGAUUCCAUAGGUCCAUCAAACAUUUCUUGUGAAAGCUCUAGGUACUACAGUUCUUGUUAGGUUCUUUUUCAUAUUUGAAGGAUUAUUCAUGUUAAGGUAGAGAUGAACCUUAUUGAAAUUUCAGAGUUAUCUCGACUUUGAUGUUCAUACUUAUGAAAUCUUGAUAAUGGACAUGUAUGUCGUUCUAAAUUGAAUUUUUGAAAACUCAUGGAAGCUUUCAUUGGGUUAUAAUAAAGAAUAUUAUUUAGGUAUAUCCUUCAUUUACAUUGAAAUUCAUGAAAUCGUGUGAGCACGAUUAGAGGAUAAAGCGCUUGAUGAUAUUUUUUUAAAAUGCUUAGUGCAAAUAUUCAUAGAACAGGCAAGAUUCUAAUCGAAUUUCGUAGUUUUCAGACUAUAAAUUGCAAACAUAUUUUGUGAAGUUCUCUUUUUGUCAACUUUUUUACUUUAAGAGCUUAGUCCGAAAUUAACAAUGUAUUUUUUUUUAUUUAAAACUUGUUCUGUAGGAUUUGUUGACAAUGAUUUUAGUGCUGGUGGGUGUAAGUCUCAAUAUUAAUAUUAUGCAAGUUUUUUAUCAAUUGAUCCCAUAUAAAAAUUGGCAUUCCUUUAGUGGUUCUUAAAUAGUUAAUUGCAAACUUGUUCCAUAUACAUGUUAAUUCCCUAUUUUUGUAAUCAACCCGUUUUAAUUCAAUAUACUGAGAUGCAAUGAAAAUACUUUUUUAUGGAUGAUAGUUUGAUUGCAAUUAAGAAUGUAACAACAUCAGAUCACGAUGAUAACUCACGGGAAUAGUGUUUUCAUGAUCAUGUCAAUGUACCAUAACAUAUAUUAUUACUGGACGAAUAUGUUGAAAAUCAGGAUUUUAUGGUGUACACAGGGGAUAUAAAAUUUGAUUUAAAAAAGUUAGGGUCAGUAAAACGCCGACAGCACAUUAAUUCAGGAUGGCAUGGGGGCUAGAGUCGUCGCUUGAAACUUUGAAUGCCAUCAUGAGACUGACCGAUUGUUUCCAGUAGAGAUCAGUCAAGGCCUGGACAGCAAUGGUUCACUAUGACUCGGUUCGAUCAGCAUCAUCUGCCAGAUUGUACAAUACACGCUAUUCGCACACCUGCUAUACAUACACCCGUUCGGACUUGCUAUCAUCCCCAGGUUUUUUUUAAUUUCUUGUAUCAUUGUGUCCAUUCUACAAUCCUGCCAAAUGUUAGAUUUCUGGCUAACACUUCCAGUCAAAUCAGUGGAGCUUUUCAUUGCAUCUGAGUAUAUUUACAUAAUAAUAUAAAUGAUAUUAUAGUAAAAUAAACAAAAAACGUCUAUAAAUAAACAAAUUACUGUAUUUGAAUCAUUGUGCUUGAAAACGAGGAGAUAAUCAUUGUAGAAACAUAGCUCUGAUUAAAAUACAGUAAUUGUUUAUCCAUAGAACUUUGUGUUUAUUUUAAUGUGUUCAAUUACUAAAUGCCAUUUAGGACUCGGCUCUAAGAGUUUUUACUCCCGUCUUUCACACUCUGAGCAACAAAUUCAAGGAAAGAGAAUUAUUAUCUCUUGAUUAACAAAUUACUGAAGUAGACUUUUAUAAAAACUAUCAACAGUUGUUUUAAUGAAAUAUCUUGAUUCCUUGUCAUAUCUUAAAAGUGUGUUGCUGUAAGGCCAACAAAAGCUUUUUGAAACCUUUUUAUCAAAGGAAUAGGUGGCUUAAUAAUAUUUCAUAGCUAGAGGGUUUUGUUGUGGAAAUUUAGCACAAAAUUUGAAAAGAAAAUUUUUGUUUGGAUUUUUUUCUCUUUUUAGUUGAAAAUUGUGCUAAUGCAAAAUACAGAACACCCUGUCCUUCAAGUAAUAAAAAGACUUGAUGAUCCUAAAAAACUUUUUGGUGCAUGAUUUUGACGCUUGAUCAUCGAGUCCCAUUUUUUUGCAGAAGGUCAGAGGGUAAUUUACGCAGACCUGUUAAGAUGACUAAUGUUUUAUUGUACCGGUAUAUAAAACAUAUAUAUAUAGCAUAAACAUAACAAAACCUUCAUUCCAUAUCUUUUACUUGUAGUAUAUAAACCAUUAUUUGAACAGUGUAUGUAUAUCUGUUUGUUUACCUUGAUGGUAUAAAUAAUUACUUACAAUAUAUGUAAUAUAGAUCUAAUACAAAGUAAAACAUUAUGUACAUAGAAAAAGUGUAAUGAAUGAAGAAAUUAUGCACUUGUUUAUAAUAACUGUACUAUAAAUUAUAUACCUAUGUGAUUUUAAUCUUAUUUAUAUAAAAUAUCUCAAUAAAAUGUUGUAUAUAUUUCUAUCAAUUUUAUAUCUUUUCUCCUCUUGUAAGUAUUUUAAUUACAUACAUAAGUAUUUACAGUGUAUGUGGAUUUUCCUGUUCUAUAAAUAUAAAAGGGGAAAUACGGGAAUACAAAUACAAUAUAUAUAUAUCAAAGAAUAUGAUGUCACAAUUCUAUUUAUCAAAUAGCAAUGCUGGAUUUUUUUUUGAUUUUUUUUUUUGUUGUUGUGAAGUUUGGCCUUGGUAUUCGCUUCAUGCUUAUUUGUGGAUUUAGAUAUGAACCAUCCUAUUUAAUGUAUCUCCUCUCUGCUCACCUGUGUGCUCAACUUAAUUAUUUAAUGCCACGUUUUAUGAAAGUUGUAGACCUUUUUUCGUACAGACCUGCAACUCAUUACCCUAUGUGUAAUUAAUUCUAGCACUAUUAAAAGUAACUUGUAAUUUAUUUAUUAAUGAUUCCAUUUUACAAGUAAAUGUGUGCAUAACACAAGCAUGUCCCAAAGAAAAUCACUAGUAUAACAAGUAUUGUGCAGUGUAAAUCAAUGUUUGCAGCUUCAUAUGUUAAUGUCCAUUGAUCUUAAAUGAAUACAUAUACAGUUGUAUUAAGAAUGUUACUUUAGAGUAUUACGGCCACACCAAUUUAAAUUUUUGUUCAUCAGGAACACCUUUUAAAAUUUUACUUCCUGCAAAAAGCAAAAAUACUUGAUUGCUCAAGUAGUUUUUACUUUCCAAAUGUUUCAAGUUUUGAAAUUAUAAACAAAACAUCAUUGAUGGUUGGCUAUUUAUUUAUCAAGGCCUCUGAAAACUAAAAAUUAAAUUGGUUUGACCCAAGAGAAAUAAGCAUUUAAUUUAACAAUUAUCAUCAGGUAUUUGCGUUUAAUGACAGCAUGUUAUCUGUUUACACAAUGAUUAGUUUAAAAAUGCAUGAUUUUUUAAAAUACUGGCACUAUUUGUAAUUUGAUUUUGGGCGUAUUUUUUGUUAUACAAAAGCUAAGCUGUCCGUCUACAAUUAACUCCCCUUGAGAACAGACAAAAAGUUUAUUGACCGACAUUUUAAUUCCCAGAUCGACUAGUCACAUGGUAUCACUUCAAGCUACAUCAGUACGCUGUACAAAUAUGGCAUGAUAUAUAUUUGACAUAUUGAAAUUUCUCACUUUGUCAAGUAUACCCUAUGUGAUUAUAGAUAUGUUGUCAAAUACGCCCAAGGAUUGUGUAUGGUUAAAUUACUAAUUAAAGGUACAUGUAUUACAAAUUGGUUCAAGACGAGUCUGACAAUAACUAGUUUCUGUAAAGAUUAAUGUCUUUCCAGAUGGAGACGAUGUAAUAUACAUAUGUUAUUAACAAUGAAUUAAGAAUAUCGUAAUAGUUUACAAAGUGAUAACAUUUAACUGCUGAAUAAAAAAAAAACAAUUAUGAUUUAUUACUGGUACUGGAUCAUUUGCAAUAUUGAAUUUCUACAAACAAAAUUUCGUAAUGAAUUUUAACAGGGUUAUUAUUAAAAGAAAAUGAACUGAGCGCUAAAAGUCUUAUUGUUAGUACAAGGUAGUGAGGUUUAUAUGUCAAGUGUCAUAUAUGACACUGUAAAAUAACCUCAUGCUUUACAAUAUAAAUUGAACUGAGCGCUAAAACUCAAUCAUUGUUAUGUAUACGAUGUAAUUAAGUACACGGUAGUGAGGAUUAUAAUGUCAAGUUUCAUUAGACACUGUAAUAUAACCUCAUGUUUUAUCUCUUCUUUAGAUAUAUAGGUUUACUACUUAUAUAUCUAAGUUAUAAAUAUAUAAAUACGUAUAGAUAUUAUAUAUAUAUAUAUAUAUAAUCUCCUUUAAUUGGGGGAAAAGAUGAUUCUUAAGUAAUUUUUGAAAUAAAUUUUCAAAAUAGAA